CAUUGGAGGGCAAGUUCGCUUUACGGCUCAAGGCCGCCCUUUACGGCAUUUUCCAGCAUCCCAUUCACCUCGCAGUGAAGAUGGCGUCGGGCAGCGGGACAAAAAACUUGGACUUUCGCCGAAAGUGGGACAAAGAUGAAUAUGAGAAGCUCGCUGAGAAGAGGCUCACGGAAGAGAGAGAAAAGAAGGAUGGAAAACCAGUGCAGCCAGUCAAGCGGGAGCUUCUCCGACAUAGGGACUACAAGGUGGACCUGGAAUCCAAGCUUGGGAAGACAAUUGUCAUUACCAAGACCACCCCACAGUCUGAGAUGGGAGGAUAUUACUGCAAUGUCUGUGACUGUGUGGUAAAGGACUCCAUUAAUUUUCUGGAUCACAUCAAUGGAAAGAAACAUCAGCGAAACCUGGGCAUGUCUAUGCGUGUGGAACGUUCCACCUUGGAUCAGGUGAAGAAACGUUUUGAAGUCAACAAGAAGAAGAUGGAAGAGAAGCAGAAGGAUUAUGAUUUUGAGGAAAGGAUGAAGGAACUCAGAGAAGAGGAGGAAAAGGCCAAAGCCUACAAGAAAGAGAAACAGAAGGAGAAGAAAAGGAGGGCUGAGGAGGACUUGACAUUUGAGGAGGAUGAUGAGAUGGCAGCUGUGAUGGGCUUCUCUGGCUUUGGUUCCACCAAGAAGAGUUACUGAGGCUUUCUGUGCUUGGCCCUUUGCUGGGCCUAAUUUUGUGUGUGUGUGGGAUCAAUUUGGGGGAGGCACGUGGGGAAAGUCCUUCAGAGUGGCAGUGGGGAGGGCAAGAGGGUGGUUGUUUGUGGUUUCCCUCUUUCUUGAGAGAGGGCACAGGAUGCAGAGGUAAUGUUCUGGCACAUUCCUUCAGCCUCAGUAUAUCACUGGAGUCACAGGACCUCUGCCCAUCUGCGUUUCCAAUAAAGAAAAACCACCUCUUCUGAGGCUACUAUCCCAAAACUCCCCCUGCAUUUUUCCCGUUUCAUCUGUCCAUUCUCUUCUCUGAGCAUCCUGUUUAUCCUGUGUUCAGCCUUUGUUCUAAUUUUCAACUUUACUCAGCCUGCAAUGGAAGGAUUCUCUGGGUCCCCAGUUUCCAGUUGAUAGCAUAUCUUUGACACCCCCAUACCCCCAUUUCCUGCAUCCCCCCUGUGGCUCUUUGGCCACCUGUGCAUGCAUGUGUACUCCUGCCUGGGUUGGUGGUGUGUGCGGGUGUGUGUGCAUGAAUCUGUCACAUAGAGGGAGCUUGAGCCUCAGAAUGUUGUUGCCUUGGCGCCUGAUGUUCUCGGCUUCCUCAGCGCAUGUAACAGAAAAUUAAAUGGGAUGAGUGUUUGGUGUGGUUUGUGUUUGGUGAGUUUUUUAACCUUUGUUCUUCAGAUGUAGACUGUUCAGCUUUUCCUAUUUGUUUCAUUUUAUUGAGGAUUCCUCUUGUCUUCCUUGUGAACAGGUUCUUGGAAGAACCUGUUUGAUGCAAAAAAGAAAAAGGAAAAAACCUCCUGUGGGUGCCCUUGGGUCAUGGGCUAUCCACUGUGUAUACUAAAUGGCUCUGGCUGUGCGUGUUCCACGGUGAUGGGAACUCUCCAUAUUCUCCCCUGUGCAUUGUUUUUCCUUCCACACUGAGGACUUCCGUAUAGAUAGAACUUGCUCUUGUCUCAUUUCAUUUGAGCCCUAUCCCCUUUUUCCCCCUAUUUUCCAUCGGCACGAGCUGUACUUUCCUCUGAUGGGAUCUGUGCCCCGAGGAGUCUGAAUGAAACUUUCCCUAAAAUUUUAGCCUCCUCUGAUCUUUUGUUUUUGGAAUAGCAGAGCUCAGGGUUGAACUUAAGUGUUUUCCUCAGUGUCUGCAGUCACACUUGGCACAGAGUUACUUAGCACUGUUGACAUUUCAACAUUUGUUGUGGGUACCCCCAUUUGCACUGUGGGAUGUUUACCAGUAGCCACAGCCUCUACUCACUGGAUGCCAAUGGUACAGUCUCCCCAAGUUUUAACAACUGAAGAUGUCUCUGUGCCUGGGAGGAAGGGGAACCAAAAUCAUACCCUUCAGAACUUCGGAGCGCUGACUUCUCCACUUUGGUGUAACCUGAGAAUUGGGUGGCACAGACUUGUUGGCUAAAAAAAAAAAUAAAUAAAACUUUGAUAUUCCCUAGAUCAGGGAGUGUGCCAGGCCCCGGCAUGUGGAACAAUGUAAAAACAAAAACAAUCCCUACUAAAAAGAAAAGAAGAAAAAGUGGUUACACAAACUUCAAGGUGCAUUAUUUAAUUUUUACUGGUUCUGUACCCUGCAAGGGGCUGGGUUAACAGUCACUACCAUAUGUCUAUUUAUGUUCUCUGCCUCAGCUUAGGUCCACACACAUGUUUAUAUAGCACCUGAACUGUUGGUGGGUCAUCUUUCUCCCCCCCCAACCCAUCUUUUUCCCUUUGGAUUCUGUACAAAAUUCCCUUGCAGUCAGGCUGCCUUUGCCUUGUUAAUUCCUGGUUCCUAAUCUUGCCACUGGGAACACUUCAUCUGGCUCAAAGUUUCACAUACAGUAAGUAAGUGUUGGCCAAAUGCAGGCGUAUGGCAUAUCAAGUGGUGCUUUCUUUGCUGGGGUGUGUACUGCAGCUUCUUAGGUAAAACUAACCUGUUGACUGGAUCCGUUGCUUCCCUUUCAAGGUAGACUGAUGAGGGUAUAGUUUUGAGUUCUUCCAUGAUGCAGGAUUCAUUCAUUAGGAAACCGUUAAAUUUGACUUCAAAUGAGUUCUCUUCCCCUUUGGUACGUUCGGAUCUUAUUUCUGGCCACCUCUACUAAAAAGCAGUUCUGACUUCCAGGUUCUCUGAAUUCUGUUGGGACUGGCAAGUGCCAAGGGGCCUAUUCUAGGCUGUGAAUGUUUGGAGGGGCUGAAAGUGGUAACUUGGGAAAGAGGAAGGGGAUGGGUUGGAAAUUUAGGAACCCAGGCAAACCCAGUGAACUGAGAAAUAUCUAAAAGAGAGACUUGGAUAUCUGUGAUCUUUCUGAAAUCCAUGGUCAUUUUGCUUUCUACUGGCCUACACCUUCAUUUAUUCAGUGAGAGCUGAGGAACUGAGCAUCUCCUAGGCCGUGGUGGUAUCUUUUGGGGUAAGAUCCCAGUUGUCAUGGAAUUUUCAUUCUGGUGAAAUUGCCUUUUAAGGAAGCAGAAGAUCCCUGUGGCUUCAGGUGAGUUUUUCUUAACGCUCCCCCUGAGCCUCUUGCAUCUCCCAUAAAUCCCUCUUAAAAAUUAAAAUGUAAAUACUUGCCCAGCAGUUCUACUCAUAAAGGUAUUUGCUAUGUGUAUAUAUGUGCAAGAAUGUACUGCAGUUUUAUUACAGUGAAACAUUUAAAAAUAAAACCAGCACCUUUAUACUUGAAUUUAACUCAGCAAUUAGAGGAUACAUGAACUAGAUGUAUAUAUACUGACAAGAAUUAUAGUAAGACAUACUGUUUGGCAGAUACAGAAGCAAUUCCCAACAGCUUGAUCCCCAGUAAUCCCACCCAAAUCAUGAAACUAUAUUGUGUUGACUGGAAAAGGACUGGAGGGAUACCAAGAUGGUAACAGUAACUGGAGGAAAGAAGGAAAUGUAGGAAAAGUUAGCCGUUUAUAGUACACAUAAAAGGAAGAGGGUAUUCGUGUUUUAAAACGUAAGAAGUAAUGCUAUAUAACACCUUUCCAAGGAACUGUGGAGUUUAACUGGUAUAGCCGCAGACUUGCAAAAUAUAGCCAUAAGUUAAUUUGCAGCUUGUGAAGAUUCCAUUCUCCACUCAGGCGCCAGCUGUGAAAGUUGAUUUG